ACCCCACACCCUCUAUAAAAUUCUUAGAGGGCAACAGACUCAAGUUCCUGCUGCAUCAACCCCUCUUCUCUGAGAAAAAAAGCAAACAGGGAGUUCAAAAAAAAGCUUUUGUCAAGGCUUGUUUGGUUGCAUAAACUAGGAAACAUGACAAAGUGAAAGAGACUGAAAAAUAAUAGAGAGGAAAAAAAAUCUUCUUCCUUUUAGUUUUGUUUGUGGUUUCCUCAUCAAUUGCAAAAACUAAUGAUGGCUGGAAACCCUAGUUGGUGGAGCAUGUAUCCUCCUCAAUAUGUUGUUGGAUCAGCAACUUCACUUCCUUUGAAUUCUUUUCUGCCUGAUAACCAAGAGCCUCCUCAUCAGUCAUGGAGCCAACUACUACUGGGAGGAUUGUCGGCCGGUGGCGGCGAAGAAAGAUUUGGUCUGGUUCAUUUUCAGCCAAGAAGGUUGGAGAACUGGGAUGACCAAAUCUUGAAUUACCAUCCAUCUCCAAGGAUGGUUCCUGUUGAUCAUGAUCAUGUGAAACAGGAGAUUUCCAAAAAUAGUAACUUUUACAGUUAUGGAGAAGAUGAAUUUCAAGCAACUAGACCAGCUGCUGCUUGGUCACAACAAGUCAUGCCAGUAGUUUCUUCUCCUAUGUCAUGUGUUACAAGUUUAAGUAGUAAUAAUAAUAUAUUGAAUUUCUCUUAUGACAAGGCAAACAGGCAUCCUGCAGAUCAGUCAUCCGAGCAGUGUAAUAGCACAGCAACUGGUGGGGUGUGCAAGAAGGCUAGGGUUCAAGCCUCUUCAAGCCAACCUCCUCUUAAGGUAAGGAAGGAGAAACUAGGAGAUAGAAUAACAGCUCUUCACCAGCUUGUUUCCCCAUUUGGCAAGACUGACACUGCUUCUGUGUUGUUAGAAGCUCUUGGUUAUAUUAGAUUCCUUCAAGGUCAAAUUGAGGCCCUUAGCUCCCCUUACAUGGGCACUGCAUCAUCUUCCAAUAUCAGAAACCAACAUUUUGAAGGUGGUGAAGAUGAACCAAGAGACUUGAAGAGUAGAGGGUUAUGCUUAGUUCCUGUGUCUUUCACUCAGCAUGUUGGGAGUGAAAAUGGUGCUGAUUAUUGGGCUCCGGCCGUCGGUGGAGGGUUUUGAUAGGACGGAUAUGACUCACCGGAAUCUGCAUGGAAUGAUGCUAUAUAUAUAUAUAUAACAUCAUGAGCAGCCAUUCUGCUGUAAGGCUGAUUGCUCAUGAUGCUAUGUAUUCUCUGUAUUGUAAGCAAAGCAUGCACCUUUUGUUCUCCUACCUUUUCAUGUAUCACAACAUAACUAGGACUCACAGCUUCUCGUAUGUGAGCUUCAACUUUUUUUUUUCUUUUUUAAAUAUUUACAUCCUUAUUUAUAUUAGGGUGAGUAUCAUUCUCUCUUCCUUGGUAAGGAAAUUAAUUCAUC